UUAAGAAGCAACUUCCUUGUCACAGCUGCUUAGAAGUGGUCAGAUCUAGCACAUGUAAAGACGACAAAGAGAUCCAUUGAUUGUUACUGUAUCACACAACACUGCAGCUGCCCCAUCAUACUACUAUGGAACGAAAGGUUACUGUUUCCCAAAGGAAAGGGAUUAGCUGGGAUAUUAAUGACAUGAAACUUCCACAGGAUCCAAAGCAAACAGACUGGUUUCAGGAAUGGCCUGAUUCCUACGUGAAGCACAUUUACAGCUCUACAGAUAGAAAUGCACAGAGACAUCUGAGUGGCUGGGCAAUGCGCAAUACCAAUAACCACAAUUCUCGAAUACUGAAGAAGUCCUGCCUUGGGGUUCUUGUCUGCAGCAAUGACUGUACAGCACCAGAUGGCAGAAAAACCUAUCUCAGGCCUGCGAUCUGUGACAAAGCACGUCAGAAGCAACAGAGCAAACGCUGUACAAAUUGCAAUGGACCAUUAAAACUUAUUUCUUGUCGAGGACAUGGAGGUUUUCCAGUGACCAAUUUCUGGAGGCAUGAAGGACCUUAUAUAUAUUUUCAGACAAAAGGAAUUCAUGACCAUCCAAAACCGGAAACAAAACUGGAAUCAGAUACCAGAAAGACAGGACAGAAGAAGCGCCCAGCAAUUUUAACCAAUUCCCUGGGGUUUAAAAGGACUAGAACUGAAGAGUCCUUCACAGGCGAAAUACAAAAUCAGGAAAACGAGUCCAGUGGAGUACUGCAGAAUCCUCCUUUUUAUGAUUUUAAUGACAUGGACAUCGAUCAGUCAUCCGAAGGGAACAUGCUGAAUAACUGCUUUUCCAUGAGCAAGAGCUACAGUUUUGGGAAAGCUACAUAUUUCAUGGAACCACUGAGUGACGCAGACUGGAGUAAAAGGAGAUCCAACCAGUAUGAGAGUGGAGACUACAGUGACCAUGAUUGGAUAAAUUCAGCUGUGAACUUUGACCUGUUUAAUGAAGACCAGCAAGCAUGGAACAAAGCACUGUGUGUUAAAGGUCAAAACUUUUCGAGUUACACACAAUCCAUCGAAAACUGGGAUAUUGCAUCUUUAUAUCACUGUCAUGACUCACUGGUUCAACAAUCCCCAACUCUGGAACCUACAACGAAAGCCUGUAUCUCUCAGGAAGAGCCAUACCUAUUUAGGUAUAAUCCAAAUCACUUGUCCCCAACCUUAUCACAGUAAAAGUGACAUGAGAGGCAUAUAAAACGUCUUUGAUCCUAUAACUCCAUACAUAUAUCAUGAACAUUUGAUGAACUGUUUGAAUUUCUACUGUUGUAAAAAGGUGUUCUGCAUUUUUUUUUCUUCUGUUGCCUGCCAAGUAUUUAGGGACAAGUUAUUCUUUAAAAUUGUAGGGAACAAACAUUUUAAGGAAUGCAGUAUCAGACUGGGGCAUAGAGGUGUUUAGGGAAAUGUAAUUACGGGUCAACGUCUAAGUCAAUAUUUGAUGUACACAAAAGCCUAUACAAUGUUUAAUAUAUAAGAU